AAAUACGUGGCUGACGAUAUUGUGAUUGUCUCGACAAAAAAUUCCGAAAAACAAAUUAAUACAUACUCACACGAAAUAUGCGAUAAUUAUUAGUGCCGCCCAUGAGAACGACUGCUGCAACAGUAAAAGUGAAUUAAACAAAGAAAGACAAUGGGUCUUUGCAAGUGUCCAAAGCGAUUGGUGACAAACCAAUUCUGCUUUGAGCAUCGGGUCAAUGUCUGUGAGCACUGCAUGGUCCAGAGCCAUCCCAAGUGCAUAGUGCAAUCGUAUCUGCAAUGGCUACGUGAUAGCGACUAUAUAUCCAAUUGUACGCUGUGCGGCACAACUCUGGAGCAGGGUGAAUGCGUCCGCCUCGUCUGCUAUCAUGUUUAUCACUGGGACUGCUUGAAUGCACGCCAAGCCGGUUUGCCUGCCAACACAGCGCCCAGUGGCCACCAAUGCCCCAGUUGCAGCGUGGAAAUAUUUCCCACCUCGAAUCUGGUCUCUCCGGUGGCCGAUGCACUCAAAAACUAUCUGGCUGAAGUGAACUGGGGUCGCAACGGACUGGGUCUUGCUUUGCUAACGGAUGAACAAAACAAUAGCUUGAAGGCGAAAGCUGCUAGUAGCCAGGCGGCAGUUAGCAAUAUUACCAAAGUGCAUCAUCAUUCCGCUGGCGAACGUGAGCGUAUGAAACCGAAUGGAGGCGUUGACAGCCAGUCCAGUCCACAUUCCGUUCUGCUGAUGGACGCAUUUAAUCCGCCCAGUUCGGGCGAUAUACAUGGCACCAGCAGUCGUCGUCCGUUGCUGCCGCGCCAGUCGCCUAUUGGUGGCACGGAUCGUGAUGAUAAUAAAUACCAGCGCCGCACACCGGCUGAGCUUUUCUCGCGUUGGACGCGUCGCUUCUAUGCACCAUCGUCGCGCCCGCCUUGGCGUCGCACCUGGUUUCUGGUAAUCAGCGGCAUUUUGGCCUUUAUAAUGUUCGUCUAUUUGAUGGCACUGCUGGGCAGGGGCAGCGGAAACGAGGGAUUAGAUGACAGCUGGAACAAUCCGAACCCCAACCAGAAUCAUUACGAAUAGGAAGUGUAUGUGUAUUGUAUUGAUGCAACAAUUAUGCCACAAAGCCCUUCUUUCUGUUAAAAUCAAAACUAAUUUAUGUAACCAAAAUAUUGUAAACAAAAAUGUAACACAAAUCAUUUCCAAUCGCUUUUUAAUCCACAUGUGGCUUAAUAUUCUGCACGCCGCUCACAUUUGGUGGUUCGGGCUUUUUGCGUUUGGGUGCAUCCAGAACCUCGUCAUAUUCGUGUAGUUUCUUGGCCAGGAAGUACAUCUCGGCCAAUGCUAUGAUCAGCGCCACAAUGACGCCAAGUAGUAUGCGAAAACCAAAGGGCAGAGGGCCAACCAUCAAGUUGACACCAAAGAAACCAAAUGUAAAUCCUGCUGCCACCGAGAAGAUGAACUGGGCAACGGCAAUGAUUUGCUUAUUGAGACUUUUCACUGUAAUAAAGUAAAGACUUAGCAGUUGACAGCUGAAA